UACUGUAUUUCCAGCUGGAACUUCGCGACUCGCCUUUAGUUUCCCCCUCUGACAUCGCAUGCAGAGACAUCAAACCUAACGACUAACCCAUGCGGCUUGCCGUCAGAUCAGUAUCCACGUGCAGUAACUUGUCGAUUCGCCAUUUGUCGCAGCGCGAUAUUGACUCACCGCAUGCUGCGCCCGGUGUUUUACUGAACAGCGCGUCAGAAGGAACUCCCGUCAAAGCGAGACGCAGGGCCGACUGAGUGUCGAACAUCGCAGUUUCGCCUUCUAGUUGGGCAUCCGAACGAGUCGGAUACUUGGUGGCCUUCAUAAUUCGCCAUCUCCCAAGUAGAGGCAGUUGCUUGGCAAUUUGCUCGUUCUUCGCCUCUUGACUCUAAAACCGACGCCAUAGAACGUUCGUCUGAAGAGCCCUUUGUUCCGUCCGCCAUGGCGACUGAGGUAGCGGUAGAAGACCUGCGAUCGCGGUCGCGAGAGACGCGGCUCGUGGAUACGGUGGAGCAGUACAUGACGCGCGACCCGAUCUGCUUCCGACGCGACACGCCGCUCGAGGAAGCACUGCGUGCGCUGAUAGAGCACAAGAUCAGCGGCGCGCCAGUGGUGGAGUCGUACGAGGGCGACGAGUCGGGGAGCGGCAGGCUGGUGGGCGUGAUAAGCGAGGAGGACCUGCUGUGGAAGGAGGUGGACGCCACCGAUAAGGAACUUGAGAGUGCCUUCCGUGCGCCGUAUCUCUGGUCCAUGAUGACGUCAGACACGAGCAUGCUAGAGACCUACGAGGACCAGGCGCUUAAAGUGCUAUCACAGACCGUGGGGCUCAGCAUGAGCGAGCAGUCCAUCUCCGUCACGCCCGACACGCCCGUUAAAGACGUCGCCACUAUCAUGCUCGAUGCCAAGAUUAAGAGGCUCCCGGUGGUGGCCCCCAGGGGGGGGGGCAAGCCAGGCGUGACUGUAGUGGGCGUGAUUUCAAGGAACGAUGUGCUGAGGCAUGUGCUGAGGGUGUUGACUGAGAGGGGGGGGAGGGAGGGGGGAGCUGGGGGAGUGGGGAAGGAGGGAGGCGGGGGAGAGGAAGGAGGUGGAGAGGGGAGGGGGAAGGCGCAGACGAGCGUGGUGAAAGGGGGGGCGUGAGGGGGGGAAGUGGUAGGUAGCGUGUCAUGGUACUAUUACAAGGCUUUUUGCUCUGUGGAGGAGAGAGGCUGGUGGUUCUGGUGUGUAAAUAGAAUGUAUGCCGUAAGAAUUGUAAGGCUAGUGUUGUUGCUGCCUCAUCUUCCUAGAAGCCAGAGACUGCCUUAAUCUCCCCUACUGGAAAGGUGGGGCUGUUGUGGAUUCACCGGUCUGCAGCUCUGCUGCUGGGAAGCAAGGAACACUACAAGGCGUUCUGCUCCAUUGCACACUGCCACGCACUGCUCUUCAAAUGGCGUUCUUAAGUUGGGACAGCCAACCAGGUGACUCAAAAGACAACCCAGGCCUGCUUUUUUCAUUUUUACAUCCCGGGGCUUCGAGGGAUUUCCCGAACAAGCAGUCUAGUUUCGCAGCCCCACAAAACUAGAUGGCUUAGGAGACUCCCUGAUUUCUCAGGGUGCUUUGUGCAUAACA